CCGUCCUGAUCUGUCUGAUUACUCUGAUACGCGCCGACGGGGACGAGAGGCUCGUCACUAUCCGCCCCAUCGGCUUACAUGCGAUGUACGCGCCACGUUCUUGAGGUGCUGAUCGCUCCGAGUCUGGCUUCCGUGUGCAGAAUAUGCGCCAACUUCGUCCUAAGCAGGCCGGGCUUCCUGCGUGCUCGAACCUGUAUCACACCUCUUCCAUUGUUACUCUUCCCCUCGCUCGCUCUCAACCUUCUCCGUAAAACCAACAGAUCCCUCCUUCUCGUUGGCUUUCCUCCUACUCAUUCACGUGACUGGCAACUCUUUAGCGGGCCUGCUGCGGUCGGGAUUGAAGUUGUCGGGUUAAGCACCGAUGUGGGGCUGAGUUGGCGGACGAGGGCCGGAUACUGCGUGCCGGAGGCCGUCAACCGAUGCUGGUUGGCAAAACAUCCAAAACUGGGAAGAAUUAAAGCACUCAGCAAUUUGAUUCAGUUGCUGGAUAUGGAGUAAUGUGGUGUCCGAGAUGCAAAGAGGCGCUGG